CUAACAUUGCUCUCUGUUUCUACUUUCUUUAGCGUUGGUAAGCAGUGAUAUGGCGCCGACGUACGGCUACUGGGACCUGCGCGGUCUGGGCCAGCCGAUCCGAAACCUGCUCGUCUACAAGGGCGUGCCCUUCGAGGACAAGCGGUACAAGUUCGGCGCGGCGCCCGACUACGACCGCGAGGAGUGGCUCAAGGAGAAGUUCACGCUGGGACUCCGGUUUCCAAACCUGCCGUACUACAUCGACGGCGACGUGAAGAUGACGCAGAGCAUGGCCAUCAUCCGUUACCUGGCCAGAAAGCACGACCUCGCCGCAAGGAACGAGCAGGAGACCCAGGAGCUGGACAUGCUCGAGCAGCAGGCGCGCGACCUGGCCUGGAACCUGGUGAUGGCCGUGCACUCGCCAAACUACCCAGAAUCUCGUCGCAAGUACGAGGAGAACAUGGAGAACGCGCUGCGGCCUUGGGACGAACUGCUGCAGGGCAAGCUGUGGGUGCUGGGAGACCGGCUCACGUACGUCGACUUCCUGGCGUACGAGGCGCUCGACUGGAACUACGAGCUGAACGCGGGCGUGUUCCAGGGCUUCCCCAUACUGGUCGCAUACCUGAAGCGCUUCGAGGAGCUACCCAACCUACGGCAGUACUUCUCGUCUGGAAAGUACAGCAAGUACCCAAUCCUGGGGCCCAUGGUCAAGUGGGGAUUCAAGAAACACUAGUGGCGCCGCACCGUUGCAGCUAUAUGUGUGCGCUCUCGGCAUCCGCCGCGUGUACCGCGUGGCGUUGGUACCACUUGACCUCUCGGCAUCCACCGCUUGGCCUUGGCGCACCAAAGGGCACGAUCCAAACCCUCAAGAUACACGCUAUCCGACCUGAACCCCCGUCGAAGUACUGCCUUCGACGGAACCUGCGCAAUGGGACAGAAAACGUCUGCCAACUACAAUCUCAUUCUCGAGAGAGUCGAGUUAACAAUACAAAAACCAUCAUCACUUCCUGAUAAUGUAGAUCAACUCUGUUUCGGCAUUGGCUUUGAGUCUGCUUCAUUUGUAAUUACGAGAACUGUUGGAAAUAAAGUUAAUUACGUGCCUUUUAAUGAUAAAAAGUA